AUGCCUACUGAUGUGGCAGGGCCCGAGAUAGAAGAUGAUCAGGUUUUGCUGCUUCCAGGUAGUGAGUCUAUUGCGCUAUUAACACGACGUUUGAACCGCAUUGAAGAAUUAAUGCAGAAGCUGCGCCUGCGUCAGGAUGGAGAGAUGAGUCGUUUUCAAAACAUUCUAGAUGCACUAAACAGGGAGGAGGCACGUAUUUGGAGGCAAUUUCACCUGGUAUACAUGCGGUGCGUGGAGCUGAUGGCUUCGCUUAGGCUCGCGGCAGAGUCCUUGAAUGCCGAAUCUUUGUGGGACGAGAUGUACCACUUAUCUUUGACAGAGGUGGGGCUGCAGCUUGUGGAGGCAAAGGCAGAGGAGAAUAUUCACUCCUUGCGAUCGCGUAUGGCUCAUCAGUGUACAAGGGGCACGGACAAUGUUAUUAUUUCUUUCAACAAAAAAUUUGUGUUUGCUCGUUACCACAUUUCACGGGCAGCGGCGCCCUCUGGGCUUUGCCAUCGUCCGGGGGACGAUGCGCACCCCGCCCUGUUGACGAACGCCUUUAUAGAAUCGGAUUCGCCCUGCAAUGUCAGUCGCAGGAGCGACACGGCUCCUUUAGAAACUGAAGCGGACAAGACGCAGGUUCCUUCCUUGGAAUUGACGGAGCUCGUGACGGCUAUUAAAAGCCCCAAGGGUGCGUCAUGGAAGGUGCGUGAUGUCCUGCACCGCUUCACGUCUGUGUCUCCGCCACUAGUACUUCAACGUGGCAAGUGUGGGGAAACCCCACUUCACGUCGCAUGUUGCUUGCGUCAACCAUCGCUAGAUGUGAUUCGAGAUCUGCUGCAGGCGGGGGCGGACGUCAACGCCAAGGAUGCAGCUGGCAUCACCCCUUUUCACGCGGCUUGCCUUCACACGCAGGAGGAAAACCGGUUGCUGCUGCAACUCUUGCUGGAUAGUGGCUGUGAUGUGAAUGUCCGCACUGCGGAAGGCGAGACGGCGGCACAUUUGUGCGCUGCUGAUGAUAAGUAUUUGCAUUCACUACAAUUUUUGUACAAUGUGGGGGGUGAUUUUUCGACAGGGGCGUUUGUUCGAGGCGUGUGGUGCACACCCAUAGAUGUCGCACGCGCCAACGGAGAGAAAGCCUCCUGCAUUUUUAAUUUUUUGAACGCUGAUGUGGUGUAG